AUGGCUCCAUCAAUAGCACCGGCAACGGCAGAGUCGUCGUCGACAUCCCGAUCGACCGCGUCGACGGUCAAGAGGACGUCUCCAACAGCACUCCGACCUCUGUCUGCCGAGGUGGGGUUGCUGGCAAGAUCGGAUGCGAGCGCCUCGUUCUCUUUCGGCGCGCUCAACGUGGUUGCAUCAGUGUCUGGGCCUACCGAGGUCCGUGUUCGAGACGAGCUGACGGAUCGCGCGACGCUCGACGUCGUCUUUCAGCCGCAACAUGGGGUGGCGGGCAUUCCAAGUCAGGCGGUGUCGGAUUCGCUGCUGACUGCGUUGUCGUCGGUGCUGCUGUUGCACCACCAUCCUCGAUCGCUCAUCCAGCUGAUGCUUCAGACGCUCUGCUCUCCGAGCCUACCGCAGUCGUCGGAACACACGUUGCCGUCGGACCUGGCUUCGCAUCAGAGAUGCGUGCCGCGACAGCCGCUGCUGUUGGGCCCGGACGCGCCGCCGAGCGUAACGGAGCAGGCUGCGUUGAUCAAUGCAGCGAGCUUGGCGCUUCUCGAUGCAGGCAUUCCAGCAAGAGGCAGCGUGACGGCGUGUGCGUGUGCCAUUCUGCCGGCGACGCAGGGCACGGUGCUGAGGCAGAACAGCCACCUUGACGAGAUUUCCGAGUCGCAGCUGGCAGGUCUCGUACGCCAGUACAAGCAAGACCACGCUCAAGAGGACAUGGAUGAAGAGGACGACGACGAGCGCACCAAUGGCACCGCAUCCAAGAGAUACACUGGCGAGACGAUUGUUCUGCUCGACCCGACGCCAGUGGAGAUCGACUACGCGCUCAGCACGCACGUGUUUGCCUUCUCCUUUUCGCAGGUGCUCGAGGGCGAGGGCGACGAGGCAAAGGCGCGACAGGUGUCGGAGCAGGUGCUGGCCGAGUCGCAAGGCGCCGUGGAUCUCGAGGACCUGGGUCGGGCUCGCGAACUGUGCCUGACAGCAUGCUCCGCGGUGCUCGACUUUGUGCGCGCCACGCUCACCAAGCGAAUCGCUUCACAAUCUUUGCCUCCGUCGGUAGAAAGCAGCGGCAAGUAUAGUGCGAAGCUUGUUCGGCGUGCAGCAGGAGGGCGAGAGGACAAAUUUGAAUUUGUUAGACCGCAUCGCGACGACGUGAGCGCAGGCUGGCUUAAGCGCAGUGUUGGCUUCCUAUUCCCGCCCCAGCAGCGCGUCGGUCUCGGCAUUCGGCUCGAGCAGCGGCUUCGAACAAAGGGCGGCGCAGCCAACCAAGAGAAGAGAGAGAGAGAGGACUGUGCGGAUACCAGCACGUCCGGUGUGCCCCCCUUUGUGCGACCGCCCUCUCCGCAUCCGCGCCUCAUUCCGACCAGGUACAUGCGUCUCGCACAGCUCACUCUCACGCAGGACGACCGCCCUCCCGCCAUGAUCUCGGCCUUCUUCAUCUUCAACCAAAAGGGCGAGGUGCUCAUCUCGCGUCUCUUCCGCAACGACCUGCGUCGCAGCAUCGCCGACAUCUUCCGCAUCCAGGUCGUCUCCAAUCCAGACGUGCGCUCGCCCAUCAUCACGCUCGGCUCCACCUCCUUCUUCCACGUGCGCCACGAAAACCUCUACAUCGUCGCCGUCACAAAGUGCAACGCCAACGCAGCGAUCGUCUUCGAGUUCUGCUACCGCGUCAUCAGCAUCGGCCGCUCCUACUUUGGCGCCAAGUUCGACGAAGAGGCGGUCAAGAACAACUUUGUCCUCAUCUACGAGCUCCUCGACGAGAUCCUCGACUUUGGCUACCCGCAAAACUCCGAAAUCGACACGCUCAAGAUGUACAUCACCACCGAAGGCGUCAAGUCCGAACAGGCGGUCAGGGAGGAUUCGAGCAAGAUCACCAUCCAGGCAACGGGUGCCACCAGCUGGAGAAGGGCAGACGUCAAGUACAGGAAGAACGAGGCAUUCGUCGACGUCGUCGAGACCGUCAAUCUCCUCAUGAGCAGCAAGGGCACCAUCCUCCGUGCCGAUGUCGACGGUGCCAUCCUCAUGCGUGCCUACCUCACAGGCAUGCCAGAGUGCAGGUUUGGGCUCAACGACAAGCUCGUGCUCGAAAAGAACGACAAGAACCGCGGAAAGGUGGAUGCCGUCGAGCUCGACGAUUGCCAGUUCCACCAGUGCGUCAAGCUGUCCAAGUACGACACGGACCGCAGCAUCUCCUUCAUCCCUCCAGACGGCGAGUUCGAGCUCAUGCGCUACCGCUCCACCACCAACGUCAACCUCCCCUUCAAAGUGCACGCCAUCGUCGAAGAGGUGAGCAAGAGCAAGGUCGAAUACACGCUCAACCUCAAGGCCAACUUUGACGCCAAGUUGAACGCCACCAACGUGGUGCUGCGCAUUCCGACGCCGCUCAACGCAUCCACGGUCAAGUGUCAGGUGAGCCUGGGCAAGGCCAAGUACGUGCCUGCAGAGAACCACAUUGUGUGGAAGAUCGCGCGCAUCCAGGGCGGAGGCGAGGCGAGCUUUGGCGCCGAUGCCGAGCUCAGCUCGACCACCGUGCGAAAGGCGUGGAGCCGGCCGCCGAUCGAGGUCGACUUCCAGGUGCUCAUGUUCACCAGCUCCGGCCUGCUCGUGCGCUACCUCAAGGUGUUUGAAAAGAGCAACUACCAGAGCGUAAAGUGGGUGCGCUACCUCACCAGGAGCAACGGAAGCUACCUCAUCCGCUUCUAG